AUGUAUGGAAUGAAUAGUGGUAGUGAUAUCCUCCCACCAGGCUUUCGAUUUCAUCCAACAGAUGAAGAGCUUAUAAUUUAUUAUUUAAACCAAAAGCUCUCUCCUUCCUCCAAUCCCCUUAUCAAUAUCAUUGCUGAUGUCAAUAUCUACAAGUUCGAUCCAUGGGAACUUCCAGGUAAGGCUUUGUUUGGGGAGAAUGAGUGGUUUUUCUUUAGUCCAAGAGAUAGGAAGUAUCCGAAUGGGACACGUCCAAAUAGAGCGACGGGAUGCGGGUAUUGGAAAGCCACCGGGACUGAUAAACCGAUCAUCACUUCUGUUGGGUCACAAUGUCUUGGCAUGAAGAAAACUCUUGUCUUUUACAAAGGUCGGCCUCCUAAAGCUUCAAGGACCGAUUGGGUGAUGACUGAGUAUAGGCUUCUCUAUGAUCACUUUCUACCUCAGAAACCUAAAGGAUCAAUGCGAUUGGACGAUUGGGUUCUAUGUCGAGUCCACCAUAAAAUCAAGGUUCCCCAACAAAUUACAAGUGGAAGAAACUAUGAUAGAAGUUCAAGUUGUUCCCCUCCAUUUCAACGUGGGUGCUUACAAGGUCAAGAGAUGAUACUAAACAAUUACACCAUUCAACAAGGCAAUGAAUAUCAUCAGUUUCCUUCUCAUAAUUAUCAUAUGACCAUUCCCCUGGAAAACGAACAGCUUGACAAUCAAAUGGAAUGUGACGGAACGAUCACCAUCGAUUUCAACGUCAGAGACAUGCUUGAAUACAUUGAUCACAGAGUGUUUCAUGGAGGAGAUAUUGCUUUGGGUCAAGAAUUGCCGUUGGUAUCAGAGAAACGAUUGAAUGCUUCUGUAUCGAUGCACGAUGACGACAACGCGUACGUUCCUCAGAUUUGUUCUCAGGCUCCGUCCUCGUCAUCAUCAUUCCGAGAGGUCUUCUUAGAGUUCUGA